CGAAUAAUUUCCAUACCGUUGCAGCCAAACGCAUAAUGCUUUUAUCUAAAUCAGCUGAAAUGCAAAAUUACAUGAAACCGGAAGUGGACGCGUGCAAUGAUUUUUAUAAUUACGCUUGCGGUAAUUGGGCGAAAAUAAAUCCCGCAAAUAAUGGCGCAAAAACUGGUUUAUUUAUUACAUUAACGAAUGCUUAUGAUCGCCGAAUAGCGCGUUUAUUAAACGAGACUAACGAUGCAAGAGAUAAUGAAUUUCAUCCCAAGGUCAAACAUUUUUAUGAAUCAUGUUUGCAAAUCGAUCAAAGGAAAAUUAAUUAUCAACAAAAAUUAUUAAAUAUUAUGGAGGAAUUUGGUGGCAUGCCCGCUAUGAAAGGCAAAGAUUGGAGCGAGGAUAAAUUUGAUUGGCUUACAACGAUAGGGCGUAUACUUAAAAAGUAUGGAACUUCAAUUAUCAUUGGUGUUCAAAUAAUUGCCGAUCUUACGAACAAUGAAAUUAAUCGCCUUUAUAUAGGUCAAAUUGAUAGUUUGACAGCAGCAAAAUCCUCUGAAUAUUCUGAACAAUUAAAAUUAUCUUGGGAAUUGGAUAUAGCCGCCGUCUUGGGUUUAAGGCGAGACCAAGCAGCAAAACUAGCCCAUGAAAUGAUAGAAUUCGCUCAGAAAUUGGCAUUGGGUGUAGCAGAUCCGAUUGAAGGUUUCGACAUCGAAGAUAAAACACGUUUACGAUUACUCGAUGACAUGACAGAAAAUUAUGGUCCAACCAUAAAUUUAACACAUUUUGUAAAAACAUGGCUCGGUUAUGAAUACAAAUUGCCCGUCUACGAGUAUGUGGAGAAUUAUUUUCGUAAUUUAAGAAUAUUGAUAACAGAAACUCCUCCGCGUGUAAUUGCCAAUUAUAUUAUGUGGGAAAUGAUACAAGAUUUCCGUUUAGAUUUGCAAGGCGAUACGGAGAGACAACGCUUAAAAUGUGUCGAUGCUACAAAACAAUAUUUCGUUAAAUAUUUAGAUCAUGUAAUCUAUGGACAGAUAUCAAAAGAUGAUCCUACCAUAACACAAGAGAUCAAUAUGUUAUGGCAACAGUUAAAGUUAGCGUUUGAAGACAUAUGGAAAUCAUCGGAUAAUAAAUGGAUGAAGGAAUCAACGAGAGAUAAAGCUUUAGAGAAACUUUCAGCCAUGUCUUUCGAAGUAAACAGUUACGACGAUAUCGAUUUUGUUAAAGAGUUUGCUUCGCUCAUCAUUAGUCCGACGGAUUAUUUCGAAAAUGUGAUAAAUAUAAUGAAACAUCGAGGAGAAAAUUACCGUUUAAUGUUAUUCGAACCGCCACAUUUAGAGGAAUAUGAACUGAGAAGUUCUACACCGGUUUACACAUCAGAAUACAAUAAAGUCUUGCUGCCCGUUGCCUUUCUGCAACCGCGUUUCUUAUGGGAUAAGAUUUAUCCGGCAGCACUUAAAUAUGCUACCCUAGGUAGCAUUAUAGCGCAUGAAAUGGCGCAUGGAUUCGAUGACACAAUGAGCAAAUAUGAUGCUAAAGGUAAUCUAAACAAUUGGUGGGAUCGUAAUACAAGUGAAGUGUUUGCAUUACGUAAGGAAUGUCUACGUCAGCAAUAUGGCAGGCAAGAAUAUGCGGGCAAACUUUUGCCUAAAACUCAAUAUCAAGGUGAAAAUAUAGCUGACAACGUUGGUAUACGAAUAGCUUAUGUGGCCUACGAAAAUUGGUUAUUUAAAAAUCCGAAAACAUUUGAAUAUUUACCGCACAUGUCUCACGUUAAUCCGUAUCAAUUGUUUUUCAUUAGUGCUGCACAAGUUUGGUGCACAGAUUUGAAUCGUAUUUGGCAGAAUAUUGUAGUCAAUACUGAUGUCCAUCCGCCCGAAGAGAUACGCGUACGUGCUUCGUUUGCUAAUUUUGAUGCAUUUGCACGAGCCUUUAAGUGUGAACUUGGCUCUGCAAUGCAUCCGCAUCGUAAAUGCGUCAUUUAUUGACACUAAGGAAGUAUUAUUAUGAUGGCGAUAUACCUUGACACUAAUAACCGUGUAGUUUAGGUGAAGUUAACAUAUGUGUUUGUAUAUUAUGAGUGUGUGUGUGUGUGUAUGUGCGUAUAUUUAUUUUUUGAAUUUUUAAAAAGUAUUCUCUCGUCUUCUCUUUAUGCUGAUAAUGAGCCUCUAUUGCCGAUAGUUGUUAAUAAAUAAUAAAAAAAUGAAAAUGAAAAUCAUAAACCAUUUAAAGGAAAUGUUAGUGAAAGAGGAAAUACGAAACUUGAACUUGACUCAGCAUUACGUUAUGCUUCAAUCUUGAUCUUGAUUACAAUACAAUAUUUUUGCACUUUAGAGUCUUUCGAGUAAAAUUGCAUUAUAGAUCAAAUUAACUGAAUUUUUCCACUAAGAAACUUUUAAUUAAUAUGCAAAGAGCACUCUUAGGCUACAAGUAUAAAGGGUAAAUAAUAGAAUAGAAUAGAAAGAGAAAGGAAUUAAAGAGAGGCAAAAGAAAUGGAAGGGAAGGAAA